AUGGAGGAAAUAAUACCAACUAGAUCAGCAAAGAAGCAGCCGCGAUCAGAAAGACUUCAAAUCUUACCUUUCGCAGAUGCUCCAAGUAUAGUACGUGCUCAUCAAAAGGAUUCAUAUUUCGAAAGUGUAUUAAGAGGGAAGAUCCAAGAUGCUAUUCAAAUAUUUACAGGCCAAAGAUUCAUCCAUACACAUCCAGAAGAAAUCACUGUAUUUGCUAAAUUUUUAUAUCUUGCAUUGACAACGUUAUUAGGCUCAAGAACUUUAGGGGAAGAAUAUACUGAUUUGAUUUAUGUUUCAAGGAAUGGGAGACAGAUACCGAAAAUGCUGAGAAGGCUAGGAUUCAUUUUAUCUUAUGCAAUUGUGCCUUAUUUUGUUUCAAAAAUUAUAAGAAGACAAUUUAAAAAUGAUGACGAUGAAGAAGGAGAAGUGGGUAAUUCAUGGAGAACAAAAUUAUCCAAAAUUUCAUACUCAUCUGUUAUGGAUUCAUUAAUAAAUGCCCACUUGGCUAUUUUUUACCUAACUGGCUCUUAUUAUCAACUAUCUAAAAGAUUUUUCGGUCUUCGUUAUGCAUUUGGUCAUAAAGUCAAUAAACAAAAGGAAGUUUCAAAUGGUGGUUAUGAAUUGUUAGGUGGGAUCAUAUUUGCUCAAAUUUUUUUUAAAACUAUAGGUAAAAUUAAUGAUUUUCUCACCAGUUCUAAUAAAAAUGAAGAAUCGGAAAAAUCAAUAGACUUGUCAGGAUCCCAGAUAUUAACAAAAGUCCCUGAACCUAAAGAUGAUCAGAAUAUUGAUUUAUCAAACCCAAAGAAUCUACAAUACAUCCCUGAAAAUUCAAGAAAAUGUAUGCUUUGUCUAUCCUAUAUGAUUAAUCCAAGUUGUGCACCUUGUGGUCAUAUUUUUUGUUGGUCAUGUAUAUCUGAUUGGAGUCGUGAACAUCCUGAGUGUCCAUUAUGCAGACAAGCUUUGACAGAGCAAACUUUAUUACCACUACGUUGA